GUGAAGUCAAACGUGUGCCCGAGACGGGACAGAAGGAAUCUUUGUCCGGCCGCGGCCCCUGCCCCUGGGGAGCCCACGGUCUCUUCUAGGGCCCCCCCCAGCUGCUGGGGUACCUGUGUCGCUGACGCCCCCUGCAGGAGUCGGGAGGGGGGCCGUCCCGGCCUGUGCCCGCCGGGAGGGGCCACUGAGGCAGACCGGUCCCUGGCAGGCGGGACUCCCAGGUCACAGCUCCACGGCCUGCUCCCUGCGUGGGGUGGGGGAUGCGGCCGUGCCAGGAAGGGAGGCCCAGCGCCUGCUUCCUUUAACACAGGGGUCGGGGGUCAGGGUCAGGAGCUUGGACGGGCCCGGGGCUGCGGCCUGGGCUUGAGGUGUGGCCGCUCCGCCUGCCCCGGGUGUCUCACAGGUGAGGAAAAUGAGGGCCGGAGCGGGCCCGCUGUUCCCCAGUUGCUGUUCCUCCGUGGUCCCCGUGCCCCGGCUCCCGUCUGCCAGGCCCCGGUGGAGCCGGGGAAGUCGCUUGCCUGUACCAGCAGCACCCUGAGAGCCGGGCCCUGCUGGUGCUGUCUGCCCGGGUCCCCGACCGCGGGCCUAAGGGCGGCCCUGUGACUGGUGCUGGGACAGCCGGGUUCCCGUGCCCCCUCCAGUGUCCUUCCCCGCUGCCCAGAGCUGUGGGGCGUUAGAGGAAAUGGCCCAGUCGUCCGGGCUCCGGCCGCAGGCGAGGGGCGGCAGCUCCCAGAUUCGCCGCCCCAGCUGUGGUUCACCCAGCAGAUGUGGGCACGCGUCCGUUUCGGACAGGCGGGGGGGGGGCGCCAGGCUGCAGGCUCCCCGGGUUCCCCCGGUGUCCUGCUCGCUGUGGGGCACGGGCCUGGGUACUGCCGAGAUGGCUCGGGGGUCGGCUGUGCUCGGCUUGACCUAGCCCUCAACACCCCUCCCCAGCCGGAAGUGACAAAUUGCCCCGGACGACGAAGGGCUCGGUGCUGUGGGUCAGCGCCAGGGAGCAGCGCGGCCCACGCUGCCGAAGGGCGGCCUCUGCUGUUGGGUGAAGCAGGGCUGGGGAGGCCUGGGGGCGGCGGUGGCGGGACAAGCCCGUCUGCUGGUGUUGGCGAGGACGCCUGGGGGUCCACUGGGCUGCAGGCCAGGAGCCGCGGCCCCACACGCGUGUGGCACACAUGACGGUGUGGAGGGGAUGGGGCCAGGAGCGAGAGGCAGAGGGGUCGGUGAGGAACGGACGCCCGCGGCAGGACACAGGUACACGCCCGCGGCCACCCAGGAGAGCCAGGGGGCCCAGGGCUGCGACCUGUGACAGGUGUGGGUGGGGCUGGCGAGGCUGGGGUGGGCAGAGCCCUCACCGCACGCCGAGAGCCUGAGGGCCGCAGGGGCCAGCCCACGUCCACCUGUGGGUCCCUGACCCCUGUGCGAGAAGCAGACGGAGGCCGGUGCUGGAGCCCGGGAGGGGGUGUGCAGGGUGUGGCCGCGCAGCAGCUGUACCCAGGCAGGUAGGGCCGGGCGGGCCGGCAGGGCUGGGAGGAGCUGCUGGGUGUGAGAGAGGCCGGGCUUCUCCGGGAGCGGUAGUCCCCUCCCUGGCAGCUGCGAGGUGGGGCAGCAGAGCGCUGGGCCCCCAGGCCCCCACAGCCCCCCGCUGAAGGCCUGCCACAGGUGGGGCGGCCGAGAGCCUCCAGGGAGGCCACCAGUGGGGCCACGUGGCCAUGCAAACAACCGGCCAGGCUUCCCCAGAGACUGGGCCUCCCGUGGCUGGGCCAAGGAGCUUCCUGCUCGCAGAGGUGAGUAAUGCCUCCGGGCUCCUGGGAGCGGCGGGAGUCCCCCUGGUGUCCGCCACCUGGCCGCAGCCCAGCCCCCUGGCAGCCAUGCCCACGGUGCCCGCCGGGCCGCAGGUGGACCGCGUGGGCAACGGCUCCCAGAGCGCCCCCCAGCUCUUCCUCAUGACCCCGCUGGCCCGCGGCGUCUCGGGCGUCUUCGUGUGGACGGCUCUGCUGCUCACUUGCCACCAGAUCUUCCUGCACCUGCGCUCCUACACGGUGCCCCUGGAGCAGCGCUACAUCAUCCGCCUGCUGCUCAUCGUGCCCGUCUACGCCUUCGACUCCUGGCUCAGCCUCCUCCUCCUGGGAGGCUACCCGUACUACGUCUACUUCGACUCCGUGCGGGACUGCUACGAAGCCUUUGUCAUUUACAGCUUCCUGAGCCUGUGUUUCCAGUAUCUGGGGGGCGAGAGCGCCAUCAUGGCCGAGAUCCGGGGAAAGCCCAUCAGGUCCAGCUGCCUCUACGGCACCUGCUGCCUCCGGGACUGGUCCUACUCCAUCGGCUUCCUGCGCUUCUGCAAGCAGGCCACGCUGCAGUUCUGCAUCAUCAAGCCCAUCAUGGCCCUGACCACCAUCGUCCUCCAGGCGUUCGGCAGAUACCACGACGGGGACUUCAACGUCCGCAGCGGCUACCUGUACGUCACGCUCGUCUACAACGCCUCCGUCAGCCUGGCCCUCUACGCCCUGUUCCUCUUCUACUUCGCCACCAGGGAGCUCCUGCAGCCCUUUGAGCCGGUGCUCAAGUUCGUCACCAUCAAGGCCGUCAUCUUCCUGUCCUUCUGGCAAGGGGUGCUGCUGGCCCUGCUGGAGAGGUGCGGGGCCUUCCCCGAGGCGCAGACCGUGGACGGCAGCACGGUGGGGGCCGGCACCCUGGCCGCGGGCUACCAGAACUUCCUCCUCUGCAUCGAGAUGCUGUUCGCGGCCGUGGCCCUGCGCCACGCCUUCACCUGCCAGGUGUACGCGGAGAAGAAGAACUCGCCAGCGCCGCCGGCCCCCAUGCAGAGCAUCUCCUCGGGACUCCGGGAGGCGGUGAGCCCGCAGGACAUCGUGCAGGACGCCGUCCACAACUUCUCCCCCACCUACCAGCAGUACACGCAGCAGGCCACCCACGAGAGCCCCGCACCCGGCCAGGCUGGGCCCCCCUCGCCCAGCACCCACCCCGGCGGCUCCGGCGGGGGCAGGAGGAGCCGGAACGUGGAGAAGCGGAUGCUGAUCCCCUCGGAGGACCUGUAGGGGCCUCUGGGAAGGGGCAGGCCCCCCCACUCCGACCCUCUCGCCAAAGGUGGAGCCCCUAGCAGAGCUGCCACACUGGGCACCCCCGCAUCCUCAGAGAAGCUGCCGGAACAAAGCGGGCCAGCCGGGGCGGAGGAGGGGGCUCCGGCCGGCAGGCAGGGGCCACUGUAGCCACGGCUUCUAGCAGCUGCAUGAGACGCAGUGGACACAUCCCAGGCGGGCAGCGGUGUCAAGGUACGGCCGGGGGAGAGCUGGCAGCCCAGCCUGAGGCCCACGCAGGGCUCUCGGGCACCGUGAGGCCCGCACCCCAGCCACGGGGAGCCCUGGUGGGGCCGCACCCGAGGAGGUGUGUGCGCGGGGCUCGCUGGCCCUCACUGCCUCCCUCCCGCGAGGCGCCCUUAUUUAUAAAAACACCUCAGGUCUUUUCUCAACUCCUUUGGCUUCCAUCCUGGCCAGCCAGCACGCUGAGUCACAGGCCACCAUGGGGGAGUCUGGGGGCGGGGGGCGCCCCUGCCCCCCCAGCCGUGGCACUGCUGAGAGCAGGACAGGGCAUUGGCUCGGACGCCCCGGCUUCCUCCCCACCCUCAGCGGGAGCGAGGCCAGCAGGGUUCAGCCCCCAGCGUGCCGGGCCCUAGGGGCCUGCCCUGUCUUCUCCGUGGGCACCAGCCCUGCCUUCAGGCCUGCCUGGGAGCCGUGCGUCACUCCAGGACUGCGAGGACAUGGCGGGUGGGGGCGGCCAGGCAGGAGUUCAGUGCGCCCCAGCUCUGUGGCCCACAGCACAAAUGGGGGGGCUGAGGGAAGGUGCAGGGGAGGCGGAAGGCAGCCUGGGGGCUCAGGGCUGCACUGAGGAGCUGGCCAGGCCCGGGGCAGCAGACAGGAGGCCCCACAGCUGCCCUGCCUGCCCGGCGGCCACUGGGAGAAGCACGCCAAGACUGCCUAUGCAGGGCCUGGGGACGGCUGGCAGAACUCAAGGCCAAGGUCUGGUAAGAGGCCACGCCCCUGCCCCUUACGGAGCCCCUGUAGCUGGCUGACCCCAAGGCCAGGCAGGCCCAGGAAGGAGGGGACAGGCUGGGCAGGCAGACCCUGCUUCCCUCCUCCCCCAGCCUCCGGCGGCCCCGUGGGGCACAGGCCACCCCAAGCCACACUGAGGGUGAGGGCAGGAGUCGGCACCCACCGGCAUCCCUGUGUGGGCCACCCCCCGCUGCGCCCACGUGACAGAGCCCAGGGUGUCCCAGUGGGCAGGGCUGGGACACGGCCCAACUCCACCUGCUACCUGCUCCUCCCCGCCCCCAGCUCCCCCCAACCUGGCUUUUUUUUGAGGCUGUAUUUUUUUGUUCUCACCUACUGGGGCAGGGGCAGGGGUGGGGCGGGGGUGGAGCCGGGCAGGGAGUCUCCCAUCCACUGGUUCACCUGCAACAGCUGGGGCUGGGCCAGGCAAAGCCAGGAGCCCCAUCUGGGUCUCCCACGUGGGCCAUCACCACGGCAGGAAGCUGGGGCACAGGUGGCGCAGCCAGGACUUGAAGCAGGGACGUGGCGUCACCAGCGGCCACUUACCUGCCCCCCUUGCCGGUCACCACUCUAAGGUGACAGAAGCCUCCAGGGCUCUCGCCACCUGCACAUGGAACCCAGCCCCAGGAGGGCUGGACCGGGGCCUGCGGCACACACGAGGGCGUGCAGAGGUAGGAGGGGUGGGAGCCCAGGGCCUGGCCAGCACCCGGGCAGGGUCCCCACUGCCAGCUUCCCCCCCACCCACAGCCUCCAGGAGCCUGGCGCUGGGCCAGGGCUCAGGCUUGUGCGCCAGAAGCAGGAGAGGCCGGGGAUCCCCGGGGCUGGGCGGCUUGGCUGGGAAGCUCUUCAGGCUCCCAGGGAUGGCGUGCCCGGCUCGCGGCUGCCCAGCCCGGCCUGUGCUGUGUGCUGUCUGGUGCGUCCCUGCCCCAGCCAGCACAGGUCUCAGCACGCGUGGCUCCAAGGCCGCGGCCCGAACUGCUGCCCAGCCCCCCAGGAGGCAGGCCAUUCUGCUCAGUGCCGCCAGACCCUCUCUGGCCAGUGAGGGGGCCACUGCUUACCGACCCCUGGUGCUUGCCACAGCAGCCGGCCACCCCCCACCCCAAUGCCACGGGGGUCCCGGCUGGCCACAGAGGAAGCUCUCUUGUGGGGGCCAAGGUGCUGGGGUGGGCGUGGCAAAGCAAGGAGCGCAGGCGGGAAGGCUCUGAACCAGGACUUUUAUUGUCGCGGGGUGAAGCGGGGAGACGUCCAGUAAUAAAUUAGGGGGCCGCGAGGGGUGGUGCGGGCCCUCCGCACGUGGCCGCGUCUCGGUGGUCGUGGCGGUGACGGCACAAAAAUAAAUAUUGAAAUGAGCCUGCCGGGAAGACGCAGCUGGGCAAGCUGGCGCGGGCGGGGCGCCCUGUCCGAGGGAGACAGAAAACGAACCCCCGACAGAGGUCCUUGUCCUUUUGCUUAAAUAAAAAACCCAUGUAUGAA